GCCUGGAAGAACACAAACACAGCGGAGGUGCACAGGGGCAAGAGAAACGCGGAUAAAGUGACAUUUAAAUUAUUUCGUGCGCUCAAUCUGAAUUGUACUUGAUCAAUUUGAUUCUACACGAGCAACUUAACACGACUAAGUGUAAUUAUGAGCGCGCACUCACUAAAGAGAGCUUAUAAGGUUUACUUUACGCAUGCUUUAUGAAAAUAAUCUUUGUAUUAUUUGAUACUGAAAUAGGGAAGUUGAAGCAUGGGAUCGAAGUUGACCAGACAAAGUAGUUUGGACAGCCAGGCGACUUUCUUUCGGAUGGGUCGACAGCAUCAUGAGCGGGAUGUGGAGAAGAGGAGAGGAGGAAGAGGAGAGUUUUUAUUCAGUUCACUGAUGCUCAAGUCCGACAAGCUCCCCGGAAUGCUGCGCAAAUCCAGUCCCAGCCCAUAUGUCCGGAGAGUGGCUUGGGUUCGGGAGAUCCAAACCCUGCUGAAGGAGCAGAAGGUGGAACAAGCCAUCGAUGUGUUGAAACUGCUUAGAAAGCUCUUCAUCACCCGCUUCUCCUCAUUCUGGCUUUUUCAGGAGACUGAUGCUCUCAAGUCCUCUGAGAAGAUCUGCAGGCAGCUGAUCUAUCACCUGACCCCUCACUCCAAGUGGUGCAGACAGAACGUGCCCAGGAGGAAGUCUCAAGCUUGUCUUAAAACUACACUGAAAAAGAAAUUAACAAAUGAUAUCGUGGAUCUGUCUGCUAUCCCCCUCUCUGGCCGUGAUCUGCAUCGUGUGGCAUACUACCUUCAGAACAAUGGUUCAUCUGUGACGGCAGUGGAUAUCAGCUUCACAGAGCUCCAAGAUGAGAGCUUGCGACUUCUUUUACCAUUCUUAGGAGUGCUACCCAAACUCACCACACUUGCAAUCAACGGUAACCGACUGACUCUAGCUAUCCUAAAAGACCUGAUAGAGGUGGUUAAGGACCCCAAAAAGUUUCCCAGUUUGGCCUGGGUGGAUCUGGGCAACAAUGUGGACAUCUUUACUGUGCCUCAGCCGUUGCUGGUCGCCCUACGCAGACGCUUUGGAAUGAGAAGCAGCCUACCUACCAUCUACGAAAACAGUGAGGGUCAAGGCAGCAGCUACUUCCUAGAGACUUCUAUUGAGGAAAUCAGUGUGUUUGAGGAGGAAGAGGAGGACGAAGAGGAUGAGCUGGAAGACCAUCUGGUGCUGGAGCCCUGGAGUGUAGAAGAGAAAAAUACAUUGCAUUACUGUGAAAGGUGAUGGACUCUACUGUUCCUUGUGGUAUUGUUCUUUUGUUAUUCUAACACUCCAAAUAAAGGUUCAGUGUAUCAACAUUGUAAAAGCAUUAAGCACCCAUUUGCCACAAAACCUAAAUGGAGUGCCAUGAGACAAAAAAUGGUUAUGUAAAGUUGGUUCAUGGAGGGAGGAAGAAGGGUCAGGACCUGUUCCUCACUCCCACAGACUUUAUUCUUUAGUCCAGUUGCUGCAGAAAGCACCAGUGAAUCUGUUGUUUGCAACAUUAAAUUCAAAUUUAGGGCCAAAUACUAACUGACCACAUAUAAAAUAACAGAACAAGACAAAUUUGUAAGACAUAAAACAACUACCACCCACAUCAGCAACUUUCAAGCUUCUGAUGUGAAACUUUCAUGUUUGGCUUGUGAGAGAUAUAGCCAAAUGCUCCCCUCUGAGAAAGCUUUUGUCCAGGGUAGAUUCGCCUCAAUUAGACAAGCACUGAGAGCAAGGAGAGGUGAGAGAAGAGAGAAAAAAGGCUGCUAGAGUGCCUUCGGGCUAGAAGAGAUACUGAUGUCUGUGUGUUUGCAUGUGUGUGUGUGUGUGUGUGU